UCAUCUUCUCCACGCACGCGACCCACCUCGCGGAAGCAUCAUGGCCGGAGCAGCAGCUGCCGCCGCCGCCGCCGCCGUGGCCUCGGGGAUCUCGAUCCGGGCGGUGUCCGCGCCCAAGGCCUCGCGCGCGCCCCGCGCCCGGUCGGUGGUGCGGGCCGCCAUCUCCGUCGGCGAGAAGGCCUACACGGUACAGAAGUCCGAGGAGAUCUUCAACGCCGCCAAGGAACUGAUGCCUGGAGGUGUUAAUUCUCCAGUCCGUGCCUUCAAGUCAGUUGGCGGGCAGCCCAUAGUUUUCGAUUCGGUAAAAGGUUCUCACAUGUGGGAUGUUGAUGGGAACGAAUACAUUGAUUAUGUUGGUUCAUGGGGUCCUGCCAUCAUUGGUCACGCAGAUGAUACGGUGAAUGCUGCACUGAUUGAAACUCUGAAGAAGGGAACUAGCUUUGGUGCUCCAUGUGCGUUGGAGAAUGUGUUGGCUCAGAUGGUUAUCUCAGCUGUCCCCAGUAUUGAGAUGGUCCGUUUUGUAAAUUCUGGAACAGAAGCCUGCAUGGGAGCACUCCGCCUUGUACGUGCAUUCACCGGGAGGGAAAAGAUUCUGAAGUUCGAAGGCUGUUACCAUGGCCAUGCUGAUUCCUUCCUUGUUAAAGCUGGCAGUGGUGUUGCCACCCUUGGCCUCCCAGAUUCCCCUGGAGUCCCCAAGGGAGCCACCGUUGGGACUCUCACAGCACCAUAUAAUGAUGCCGAAGCAGUAAAAAAGCUGUUUGAGGAUAACAAAGGGGAGAUUGCUGCAGUCUUCCUAGAGCCGGUUGUCGGCAAUGCUGGCUUCAUUCCUCCAACACCUGCUUUCCUAAAUGCUCUCCGUGAGGUUACCAAACAAGAUGGUGCACUUCUGGUCUUUGAUGAAGUGAUGACUGGUUUUCGUUUAGCGUAUGGUGGAGCUCAAGAGUAUUUUGGAAUCACCCCUGAUGUGACAACGUUGGGGAAAAUUAUUGGUGGUGGUCUUCCAGUUGGUGCUUACGGUGGGCGGAAGGACAUCAUGGAGAUGGUUGCUCCAGCAGGGCCGAUGUACCAGGCAGGAACCCUCAGUGGAAACCCUCUAGCUAUGACUGCUGGAAUCCACACGCUCAAGCGUCUGAUGGAGCCUGGCACCUAUGAAUACUUGGACAAGGUCACUGGUGAACUUGUCCAGGGUAUAUUGGAUGCUGGCGCUAAAACAGGGCAUGAGAUGUGUGGAGGACACAUCAGAGGAAUGUUUGGAUUCUUCUUCGGGAGUGGUCCUGUUUACAACUUUGAUGAUGCCAAGAAGAGCGAUACCGCUAAGUUUGGGAGGUUCCACCGUGGAAUGCUUGAAGAAGGUGUAUAUCUAGCGCCGUCCCAGUUCGAGGCAGGCUUUACCAGCUUGGCUCACACACCCCAAGAUAUUGAGAAAACUGUUGAGGCUGCAGAAAAAGUUCUUCGACGGAUAUAGAUAACUCAGACUGCAAAACUUUUGAAGCUUUCCCCUGUGUUGUACUCUGCUAGUUCUACCUUGCUAAAGUUUAGUUUUGUAUUGUGUUGUGCAGCAGCAGUAUAUCGUGCCUACUCUAGCGAAAUUCCUUUUUUCCUGAAUUAGCAUUUGUGGCGAUUUUGCAUUGCUUUAGAACAUCUACGACCUACAUUACCAAGUCUUAUACCACGUUGAGAUCUGGCUUCUUUUUUUC